GGGAAUAUCUAGGAAAAAAUGUCCGGCUCAUGUUGCAACCCGAACAUGAUUUGUGGUGCGCAUGACAAUAACACGGAAACUUCCUCUGACUAUAUAUUUACGCUAAUGCUUUUACACGAAUUAAACCAUUGCAACUAAAUAAUUAUGUAUUGCGUAUAAGAUGGAGGACCAGGAGAUUCAACUGAAAGUUAAGAGGGUCUGAAAAACUAACUGAUAGCAUGUACGUGUUGGCUAACGAGUCAUCAGUGGCUCUUUAUCGACUGCAAGAGCACGUUAGAGAGUCCCUUCCAGAACUAGUAUUACAAAAAACAGAUAUGCAGCUCUGGGAGGAGCAAAGCCAAGGAGCAAUCUACACUGUAGAAUAUGCAUGCAGGUGCCCGUCUUUGCGAGGCAUAGGAAAAACCUCCCUGGUCCUUGCUCGACUGAGGGACCUUACACUACAGUGCAGUGAAAAGCAUGACAAACAGCAGCCUGCACUUCAAAAGCAUCGAUGGGCUCCUCCGUCAAGCCAUCAGCAUGAAGGAACAGAUCAGCAUCUCCCAGAGGCGCAGCGGGAGAAGAACAACAGAUCCAGGAGUGCUAAAGGAGGGAGGAGAGAAGCACACCUCUGGGAUAUGAUGAUAAUGACGUUGUGGCAUUGCAGUGAGGCUCAGUUCCCUCUGAAAGGGAGCUGUGGGGUCAGGGGGUCAUCUACGGUCCAUUACAAUGUUGCACUGCCUCUCACCUCAACUAGGCACUCACCUGAAUGGAAAGCCAACGGCUUUGACUUGCCAGGACCUGCCUUAAGACACGUCAGUAAUGCACUUCUGUCAAAGACGCCAUUGUUAUGGCCCUUGUGUAUCAAUCAGCUGAAGGGACUCUGAAAGCAGUGACUUUUGUCUCGGCUGCAAAUUAACUGGAAUAUAUCUGUAGAAAUCUGAAUGAAGUUGUCUUUUCUAGGUUCACGCAAAGCUCUAUUUGGUACAAGCUGUUGUUGUUUUGCAGUUGGUCUGAACGGAUGUAAUGUCUAAUAAAUUAAUCUGAUUUAGCUAAAUUAAAAGUGCUUUCACAUGA